AUGGCUCCAAAGAAGAAGGGCAACAAGAAGGGGGAUGACUGGGAGUCCGAGUUGGGGGAGUCUCCAGCAGCCGCCGCCCCAGAGACGAACGACGCCCCGGCAGAGGCGGAUGCAGAGGAGGAGUUCCCUCAGGGCGGGUUAAUGGCCAUGUUACGGAAGAAACAAAAGAAGAAGAAGAACCAGCAAACAGAGGACUUUGUUGAAGGCGAAGACUCUACGGCGGAACCACAGGACAGUCUCGCCGAGAAGGCGCCCGUCGAAGCAUCGAUAGAAGACGAAUUUGCGCUCCCGGAUAAGAAGGGAAAGGGCAAGAAUGCGGCCGCGAAAUCUACAAAGGGAGCCGACGAAGAUGAUGAGCGGGGGGCGGACGGGAAAGUGCUUACGAAAGCUCAGAAGGAGAAGCUGAAGAAGGAACGUGAGAAGCAGCGGAAGAAAGAAAAUGCUGCGAAGAAAAAGACAGCAGCACCCGCUGCAAAGGGCGCCCCAGCAGCGAAGCCGGCGACAGACACGAAAAUAGAAGAAGCUCCAGCCGCAAAGCCAGCUGCUGGUGGCAAAGGGAAGAAAUUACCACCUGCCCUAGCAAAGCUCCAGCAACAGCAAGAAGAACUUAGGAGACGACAAGAAGAACAAGAGAGACACCACGCCGAGGAAAAGGCUCGCAUUGAGGAACUAGAGCGACAAGAGGCCGAGGAGGAGAAGCGGAAGGAGGAGGCCAGGGCUUUGAAAAGGCAAAAGGAUAAGGAGAGGAUCGAGCAACAGAAGCGCGAGGGUACAUAUCUUACUAAGGCCCAGCGAGAAGAGAAGCUUCGGAAUGAAAUGAAAUUGAAGCAAAUGAUCGCGGCUGGAGUCAAGGUCGGGGGCCUUGAGGGUGGAGAAAAGAAGAAGCCUGUAUAUGAUAAUAGAAAGAAGAAGGGGGGCAGAAAGAAUCCGGAGGAAAUCCAGGCGGAGGAAGAAAAGGCACUAGCUGAAGCUGCGGAACGGGCACGCAUCGAGGCCGAGAAAAUAGCUGUCGAAGCCAAAGCAAAGGCCGAGAAAGAAGCUGCUGAAGCUGCUGCCGCAAAAGCAGCGGAAGCGGAAAGCGAUUUAGACGACUGGGAAGCAGCUGCGGCAGAUUCGGAUGAUGAUGUAAAGGAGAGCUGGGAUGCAGACUCUGAGGAAGAAAGAGAAAAGACCGCUGCUAAGAAGGCUGCGGAUGUAAAGACCUUACCCACCCGAGGCAAGAAUGUCGAAGAAUCCGAAUCUGAAUCUGAAUCCGAAGAGGACGAAUCGUCAGAAGAUGAAGAAGCUACUGCAGCUGAGGCCGCACUUGCUGUACGGAAGAAGGAGGCUGCUGAAAGACGCGAAAAGACCCGUCAAGCGGCUUUAGCGGCUAGAUCAAAAGACGACCUUCGGUCACCCAUCUGUUGUAUUUUGGGACACGUCGACACGGGCAAAACCAAAUUACUUGACAAGAUCCGCCAAACGAAUGUGCAAGAAGGAGAAGCCGGAGGUAUCACUCAGCAAAUUGGUGCUACUUAUUUCCCCGUCGAGGCGAUUAAACAAAAGACUCACGUAGUCAACUCUGACGGUAGCUUCGAGUUCAAAGUCCCUGGCUUACUAGUUAUCGACACUCCUGGUCACGAAUCUUUCUCGAAUUUACGAUCCCGCGGCUCUUCUCUCUGUAAUAUUGCCAUUCUUGUUGUGGACAUUAUGCACGGACUAGAACCACAAACGUUGGAGUCGAUGAGGUUGCUUCGAGAUCGGAAAACGCCCUUUAUUGUGGCGCUAAAUAAGAUUGAUCGCCUCUACGGAUGGAAGAAGAUUGAGAAUAAUGGAUUCCAAGACAGUUUGUCACUGCAGAACAAGAGCGUGCAGAGCGAGUUCGCGAAACGGCUUUCAGAUACGAAAAUUGCUUUUGCCGAGCAAGGUUUCAACUCGGAAUUGUACUAUGAGAACAAGUCCAUGGCAAAGUAUGUGUCAUUAGUACCAACAUCAGCGCACACUGGAGAGGGCAUUCCCGAUAUGCUCAAGCUGAUCAUUCAACUUACCCAAGAAAGAAUGGUCGGAUCGCUGAUGUAUCUCUCUGAGGUGCAAUGCACAGUCUUGGAAGUCAAGGCCAUCGAAGGGUUCGGAAUGACUAUUGAUGUUAUUCUAUCGAACGGUAUUCUUCGAGAAGGCGAUCGCAUAUGUCUAUGCGGUGUUGAUGGUGCUAUAACUACCAAUGUUCGAGCACUGUUGACGCCAGCGCCUCUGAAGGAAUUGAGACUGAAAUCGCAGUAUGUCCACAACAAGGAAGUCAAGGCUGCCCUUGGUGUCAAGAUAAGUGCGCCAAAUCUCGAGGGUGCUAUUGCAGGUUCGAGGCUGAUGGUCGUUGGUCCGGAUGAUGACGAGUCCGACAUUGAGGCAGAAGUUGAAUCCGAUCUGGGUGCUCUAUUCAGUCGAGUAGAGAAGUCAGGACGCGGUGUCACAGUUCAAGCAUCAACCCUUGGUUCUCUAGAAGCUCUCUUGGAUUUCUUGAAGGUGUCGAAGAUUCCAGUGGCAAACGUAGGAAUUGGGCCCGUCUUCAAGCGAGACAUCAUGAAUUGUGGUACCAUGUUAGAAAAGAACAAGGAGUACGCUGUUAUGUUGUGCUUCGACGUUAAGAUCGACAAGGAGGCACAAGCAUAUGCUGAUGAACAAGGGAUCAAGAUCUUUACUGCGGAUAUUAUCUAUCAUCUCUUCGAUGCAUUCACGAAACAUAUGGCAGAGAUUGCCGAAAAGAAGAAAGAAGAGUCGAAACUCCUUGCAGUCUUCCCUUGCGUUCUUACUCCCGUUGCAGUAUUCAACAAGACAGGGCCGAUUGUUGUUGGCGUCGAUGUUGUCGAAGGCAAUUUGAGGAUCCACACUCCUAUUGCUGCAGUGAAGCACAAUCCUGUUACUGGAACCAAAGAAAUUGUCAGCCUUGGCAGAGUUACUGGUAUCGAACGUGAGCACAAGCAGAUCCAGAUCUGUAAGAAGGGUCAACCUUCAGUAGCCGUCAAAAUCGAAAUGGGUAGCCACCAACCCACCUACGGCCGCCACCUCGAGGAAAAGGACACCCUAUACUCACUAAUCAGCAGAGCAAGUAUCGACACGCUCAAGGAAUUUUACAGAUCAGACGUGAGCAACGAUGAGUGGUUGCUUAUCAAGAAGCUGAAGCCGCUGUUCGAUAUUCCUUGA